GUCUGUUGUCAAAAUUUUUGCAGCGCUUCGCAGUGAAGCAGCGGUUCGUGCUACCAUGGCCUCUUCGGGAUUUCGGGGUGACGUUUCCCAGGUGCGUGGCGGCCGUGACCCCGUCUUCUCUGAGGCCAUCAACCAGAAGAUGCGUGUCCCAGACCGGCUGAGAGUGGGGCCAGGCAUGGGACAGGGAGGGGAAGAAGCGAGGCAGGGGCGUGCUGAGCGUCCCGCUUCCUAUAGCAUGCACAUCCCAGACAGGCUGUCUCUCACAGAUGCCCCGGAUAUGAGCCCCCGUCCACUGUUCACGUCAUCCAAGCACAACUCAGCCCUCCCCCUGGGGCUUGCAUGGGAGGCACAGCAGCAAGGUGCCUGGGACAGAGACCCCUACAUGAGGGAACCAGUGCAGAGUCCCCUGCGGAGGUCCUACAGUGACCAGGCUUUUGGCAGGAGUGACCCUGACACCCCCACCUCCAAACAGGCACUGCACACCCCCACCUUUCGUGGCGGURCAGGAUGCCCCCCUAAGCGCUCCGCUGCUGCUGCAAACCCCAUGCCCCUGGGGCUCCCUGCCAUCCCACCCAGCCACCUGUCCCCAACGACCAUGCUACAGGCCGCCAAGGAACUGGGCCAGCAGGCCUCACAGCGCCUCCUGCAGACUGUCACACAGAAAUACAGGUUCAGUUAUCCUGAACACCCGACGACUGCUGUGGUCGAGGCACCCCCUGUGUACGUUGAACCAGCCAGGAAAAGUGUCAUGCAGGACUCCUGGAUGAGCCCAGAUGAUGAGGGAAGUGCCGCAGCUGUGGAGUUCAUCGUACUCAGGAGACAGGUGGUAAAGAUGAGUCGUCGUCUGGCGGGUCUGGAAAGGCAGAAUGCUGAAUGCAGACAGACGGAGCUGGUGCUCUUCUCCCUGCUCAUUUCUGCCUGCCUGCUCAACGGAUGGCUCUGGAUACGCAGAUAACAGACACACACGUCAUUCAAACAGCCCACUCAUCUCUACUACAACCCUAGGUCCACUCCAACCAGCUACUUUGCUCAACUCCGCAUUAUACAUCCACUCAGCUGGGUAUUCCAGUGCACUUAUUUACACACACAUGUUGGUGUUAGAUGCUGAGCACCUAUUGUUUAAAAUGGCAUCUCAUCUCCUUUAUUUCAAGGCCAGGGGAGGAAAGGAAACUGUUUGGACCACUUAAGUAGGGAAAGUUCAUCCAUUUUUACAUGUGGCCUUAUUUUCACUCUUUCUGUUCUUGUAGUUGAUUCCCAAACUUUGAAAUGUUUUAUUUGUUUCCUUACAGAGAAAAUUGGUUGUCAUCACUUGCCAUUGACUAUAAUGCAAUAUCCAAAUAUGUCUAAAGCAUAUUGGAAAACACUCCACAUUACAUAAGAAUCCCAUUCUGAAUGUCUCUUUACUCAGUUUWAAAAAAAAGUCCACUGUGCCAUAAAUCCAUGUUUGAAUGGUUCUGUUUACAACAAAAAUAUGGAUUUAUUGGGACAGUGAAAUAAAKAAAUAUUGAGAGCAGAAACAUAAUUUGGAAUGGGAUAUGAAAUGUCAAUUUUCCCUUAACGAAAAGUAUAUAAUAAACAAACUGGGUAUCAACUACAAACACAGAAAGUGAAAAUAAGUAAUUUAAAUGUAAAAAUCGGUGAACUUCCCCUUUAAGUAGGGAGUGAGGGUGUUGAGAGUUAGUGUGCAAAGGUAAAAAAAAGAAGAAAAAAAAAGACAAUGUAUUGUCAAGGUGGAUGCUGGCCAAUUUCAACAUAAUCAGGGAUUGAUUCAUGCUUAAAGGAUUGGCUGUCUGUGACCUGGACAGCUAGUGUUUACCACGGCUGGAGGAGGUGAUGGUGUUACUGCAGAAGCGCUGCUACAUUCUGGUGGCUAGGUUGGAUAAUCAGAUUCACGUCAUAGGUCUGUCAAAACACAACUUGUGUAUACUUUUAACAUUUGAAUGUAGUUGGUAGUCUCUUCCCAUAGCCACUGUAUCUGGGGGUGGAUUGCCACAAGUCAGUUGGUAACAGGUCUGAAGUAUCUAGUAAACUAUUAUGGCAUGAUUUACUUGGAACUCUUCAGACCUAAAGAAGCCUAAAUUGUAAUCAGUUGCAGACAGUACAUAGGUAAUAAGGUUCUUCUGUAAGACCUACACUAUAUAUACAAAAGUAUGUGGACACCCCUUCAAACUAUUUCAGCCACACCCGUUGCUGACAGGUGUAUAGACGGACAGACGUAAAAAUCGUCAGUCCUCGGUUGCAACACUCACUACUGAGUUAAAAACUGCCUCUGGAAGCAACAUCAACACAAUUAAAUGGGUUUC